AAGCAGCAGCUAGUACCAACUGCUAUACCAAGAAUUAUAUUUGAAACAAUUAUUUAAAGCAACAGAAGAGCCUAAAAGAAACAAAUAUACCUUUUCUUAAAUAUACCAUUUCCGAAAAGAGAAGAAACUCAACAGAUACCUCUUUUACAGAACUGGAUAUAUGGAAAAAUGUUCCUCUCUAAUACAACAGGCUUUUGAUGGACAGGAGUUCCCAAGUGUCAUGCCCACCAACAAACUAUAAGAUGACCACAUCUUACAAUCAAGCUCAACCUCGUUCUUCUAACAGCUCAUAUCCGGACGAAUACAAAAUUGCAGCCCUUGUCUUCUAUAGCUGUGUCUUCAUAAUUGGAUUAUUUGUUAAUGUCACUGCCUUAUGGGUUUUCAGUUGUACCACCAAGAAGAGAACCACUGUAACCAUCUAUAUGAUGAACGUGGCACUACUUGACCUAAUAUUUAUAAUGAGCUUACCCUUUAAAAUGUUUUAUUAUGUAAAAGGUGAAUGGCCAUUUGGAGAGUACUUCUGCCAGAUUCUUGGGGCACUCACAAUGUUUUAUCCAAGUAUUGCUCUAUGGCUUCUUGCUUUCAUUAGUGCUGACAGAUACAUGGCCAUUGUGCAGCCAAAAUAUGCCAAAGAACUUAAAAAAACAUGCAAAGCCGUGCUAGCAUGUGUGGGAGUCUGGAUAAUGACCCUGACAACCACCAUCCCACUCCUACUGCUUUAUGAAGACCCGGAUAAAGCCUCCACCCCUGCCACCUGCCUGAAGAUUUCUGACAUCAUCCACUUAAAAGCUAUUAACAUACUGAACUUCACUCGACUGACUUUUUUUUUCUUAAUUCCUCUGUUCAUCAUGAUUGGGUGCUACCUGGUCAUUAUUCAUAGUCUCCUUCAUGGUAGGACAUCUAAACUGAAACCAAAAGUCAAGGAGAAGUCUAUAAGGAUCAUCAUCACACUCAUGGUGCAGGUGCUCAUCUGCUUUGUGCCUUUCCACAUUUGUUUUGCUGUCCUGAUGUUGGAUGGGGAUGAGAACAGUUACAAUCCCUGGGGAGCCUUUACCACCUUCCUCAUGAACCUCAGUACCUGUCUGGAUGUGAUUCUAUACUACAUUGUUUCAAAACAAUUUCAGGCUCGAGUCAUUAGUGUCAUGCUAUACCGCAAUUACCUUCGAAGUGUGCGCAGAAAAAGCUUCCGAUCGGGUAGUUUACGGUCACUAAGCAACAUAAAUAGUGAAAUGUUAUGAAAAAAUUUUU